UUUUUUGUUUUUCAAUUUUAGAUUGCAAAUUAUAACCCGUUUCCUGCACCUUUGUUGACACCCAGAGAUCCAUGUCAGAAGUACUUCCAGCUGACUCAGGUGUUGACACCUUGGCAGUGUUUAUGGCCAGCAGUGGAACCACAGACGUUGCAAAUCGGAACAGCCCAGCCACACCACCGAAUACCCUUAAUCUCCGUUCCUCCCACAAUGAACUAUUAAAUGCUGAAAUCAAACACUCAGAUGCCAAGAACAGCACACCCCCCAAAUGCAGGAAAAAAUAUGCACUGACUAAUAUCCAGGCGGCUAUGGGUCUGUCGGAUCCAGCUGUACAGCCUCUGUUGGGAAAUGGCUCUGCCAACAUCAAGCUGGUGAAAAAUGGGGAGAACCAACUCCGCAAGGCUGCAGAACAGGGGCAGCAGGACCCCAACAAAAACAUCAGCCCCACAGCAGUCAUUAACAUAACUUCUGAGAAGCUGGAGGUUAAAGAUCUCCACCCACCCGAGUCCUCAGGCUGUGAGAUUUUGCCCUCCCAGCCCAGGAGAACUAAGAGCUUCCUCAAUUACUAUGCAGACCUGGAAACCUCAGCUAGAGAGCUGGGGCAGAAUCUGGAUCCCUGCCAAGGGGUUGGGGAGGAGAAAGCCCAGCCAGGCCCUGGCCAGGCCCCUGUAGUUAUUGGGAAUGGUGACUUGCUGCUGCAGAAACCAAACAGACCCCAGUCCAGCCCAGAAGAUGGCCAGGUAGCCACAGUGUCAUCCAGCCCAGAGACCAAGAAGGACCACCCUAAAACAGGGGCCAAAACUGACUGUGCACUCCAUCGGAUCCAGAACCUGGCACCAAGUGAUGAGGAGUCCAGCUGGACAACACUGUCCCAAGACAGUGCCUCCCCCAGCUCCCCAGAUGAAACAGGUACCCUGGGGAAUAGCACAGCCCCACCUGGUACUUUUCCAUUGGUGUUUUUAAACAGUGGUGGAGUAAAUCUCUCCCAGCUGAAAAUUGUCGGCUCCAGCUAGAGGAACAUGUGGGUGAAAUCAGGCAGCAUGUGGAAACUAUCAUUAGGCUUCUCAGGCACAUUGUGGGUUCGUUCCAUUUUGGGUCAUCCAUAAAUUGCUCUGGUACACACGUUCAUAAAAAUAAUAGCCGCUGGUUUAAAUAUGGCAACUUGUCAACUCUGGUGAAACAUUAGGCUGCUAGUGCUGGGAGAACUGUUUUGGGGUAUUGUUUAGUUAAAUAAAAUAAUACAAGAAAAAUAGUUGCCAAGGGCAGGAUGUAACUUAACUAAAAGAAACCACUAUUUCAAAGUUCUCAGAACCUUGUUAUGCUCAAGCUUAUAAAAACUUCAAAAAAGUUCAGGACAUUAAAAGUCAGGUCUUGAAAGACAUUUUCCUCUUGACCUUUACUGGGGAAUAUUUCAGUAGCCUGAUCAAGUAAUAUUUGGAAGUGAAAAAAAUGAUACUCUCAAAUGUAUUUAGAUAUUCAAGCUUUUAAGUGGUUGUUGGUGAUUUUGGUCUAUUGGUACUUGGGUCUAUGUCUGUAGCUUUUGCCAGGAGUAGUGUACUGUGACAGCAAUAAAAAGAGUCUUAAAAGUCAGCCACUCCUCCAUUUCAUUUUCUCAGAGCUCCCACUAGACCAAUCAGAAAACUGUAAGCUCUAGAGCACUUUGUGCUGAAUGAAUUCAGUGUAAAUAACAUCCACACAUGUGGCUCAGCAUCUGCAGUAUCAGUCUCAGAGUCAGGUAGACCAGAUGGCCCACUAGAGAGCCAGAUGACAUUUUCCAAAAGGUAAGGCAGAAAAAGUACAAGGAGUGGAGAGAGAGAGAGAGAGAGAGAGAGAGAGAGAGAGAGAGAUAAUUGACUUGUUCAAAAGAGGAAGGAAAACGGAGUGGUGUUAGGUUUCAUCAGCAUCAGCCUGCUAGGACUGGCUAUGGCAGAAGAAAAGCUUAGUGAACUAUUUCAUCUCUUCAGUGUCUGGCCCUGCAUAUAGUUGGAGUCAUAAUUAUGUUUAGUAAUAUCAUCAUGCCCAUAAUCCCAUGUGACUUUAGAGAAUUCCUGUCCUGUACCUGGGAGACAUUUUCACCUGCUAGUGGUUGAAUCUAUUCAAACUGCUCCUUGAGCAUCUGGCCCAACUUAAGUCCUAUGUCCUUCUAUCGUUGACACAGCCUCUCUGCUGCUCUUGCAGACAUGGUCUGUUCUGGUGCAGUUAAAAUCGAAUGAACUAGAAGAUAGUGAGUGAAGAGUAAAGCCUCUGUUCCCAACUCUAGCCCCUUUUCUUUAGUAAUAACCACCUUUUAAGGAGGGUGUUUCUUCUAGAAAACAUUUUAGGCAUGUGGCUGUAUUUAUAAUAAUUUUUAAUUUAUAAAAUUUGGGGGAUAUUGUUUUUUGAGAUCUUGUCUCUUAGAAGUAUAUGCUGUAAUCACAAUAAUCUAUAUGAUGCAGACGACCCUGCAUAGCCAUUAUUUCCACAGCUGUGGAUUCAACCAACUGCAGAUUGAAAAUGUUUGGGGUAAAAUUAUAGCUGUAUCAAUGAACAUGCUUGGACCUAACUGUUAAAACUGGGUUAUUGUUACAAGGGUUCAUCAUUCUGUUCUUAAUUUUUUUUUUAAAUCCCAUAUAAGAAGUUAAAGAAUUCAGUUUAGACUGUUAAUGCUUCACUUUUUAAAGAAUGUAUUUUGUAUGUGCACUGGAGCCAUAGCUUAGUGGUAGAUCACUUACUUAACAUAAACAAGGGUCUGGGUUUGGUCCCCAGCAGAGCAAAGGGGGUGGGAGAGAAGGAGGGAGGGAGGAAGGUAGUUUGAAGAUCCAGCUUGUUUUUCUACUUUAGUGACUUUUUUUUACUUUGCACGUGAGUAUUUAUUGCAAUUCCCAACAGCUAAAUGAAAGAGUUUUAAUUUGUUACAGUUAUUUUCAUGUGGAUUUGUGUCCAUCGAGCAUAUGUGUAUGUGUGAGUACAUACAUCUGUGUGUUUGUAUAUGAAAGUCAGAGGUUAGUGUCCAGUGUCAUCUUCUGUCACUCUCCACUGUUUAAGAAAAAAAAAUCACUUGUUUAUUUAUUUAUUAUUGUUUGUGUGUGUACAUGGGUGUAUGCACUCAUAUUGCAUGCCAAGGAGCAUGCAUGGAGGUGAGAGAAAAACUUGCAGGAGUCAGUUCUCUCCUGCCAAGCAGAUCUGGGGAUUGAACUCAGAUCCACAGGCUUGGCGGCAAGCAUCUUUACUUGCUGAGCCAUCUUUCUGGUCUUCCACAAUAUUUGUUUUUAUUUUUUUGUUUGAAACAGGGUCUCUUGCCGAACAUGGUCUUCACACUGGCUAGACUGGCUAUCCAGUGAGCUUCAGGAAUCUGCCUUCUCCUAGCCCCAGUGUGCCAUCAUACCCAGCUUUUUACAUGGGUUCUGUGGAUUUGAGCGUGGGUCUUUAUGCUUGCAUAACAAAUGCUUUCCCCACCAAGCAUCUCCCCAGCCCUCACCAGUCUCUUUUAUUUUAUAUGCUGUGCUGUCACGGACAAGUUCAGUGAGGUAUUUUAAAGGUUUCUUCAUGACUGAGUGUUGGUAAGGAAGGAAAACAAACAAACAAAAAAAAAUGAGGAAAGUACUAUAAGCAGGACUGGAGAGCUGGCUAAGCAAUUAAGAGCAAUGAUGGUUCUUCCAGAGGGCCCAGGUUCAGUCCCCAGCACUUGUGUAGAAAAUCACAAUUGUUUGUAACACCAGUUACAGGUGACCCAAUGCCCUUUUCUGGCUGGCUGACCUCCAUGGGCACUGCAUGGGAGUAUACACAGACAUAGAUGCAGGCAAAACACCCAUUACAUUAAAAAAAAAAAGGUAAAUAAGUAUGUUUUUUUAAGACCUAUAAGCUAAACUUGAGCUUUCCUUGAAAACAGGCGCUUUGGGAUCCUGGCACCCUCUUUGCUUGGGAGACUCCAGUGUCUCUGGUAUAGUAUAAUUUCAGGAACCCUCUUAAAACUGCCUCAGAGCUAGUUUGUGGACUCCUUUUGAAAUGGAUGCUCUCUCUUUUCUAACUGAGAGUUUUCAGGAGUGAACCUGAUAUGGUGAAAUAAAGUGAGUGAUUCUUUGGCA